AUGAACCCUGGGCAUCAGCACCGAGACUGCAAACGCCUGGUCCUGCUGGGAGUCCUCUUAGGGGUCUUGUGGGAAGCUGGGUGCACCCAGAUCCGCUAUUCCGUUCCGGAGGAGCUGGAAAAAGGCUCUAGUGUGGGCAACAUCGCAAAAGACCUAGGGCUGGAGCCUGGCGAGCUGGUGGAGCGCGGAGUCCGCAUCGUCUCCAGAGGUAGGGCUCAACUUUUCGCUCUGAACCUGCGAAGCGGCAGCUUGAUCACGGCGGGCAGGAUAGACCGGGAGGCGCUCUGUUUGGGGACUGUCAAGUGUCAAUUAAACCUAGAGAUUCUCAUGGAAGAUGAAGUGAAAAUAUACGGGGUGGAAAUAGAAGUGAGGGACGUUAAUGACAACGCCCCUUACUUCAGGGAUGGUGAACUGGAAAUAAAAAUGAGUGAAAACGCCGCCACGGGGAUGCGUUUCCCUCUUCCUCACGCGUUGGAUCCGGAUAUCGGGAAGAACUCUCUGCAGAGCUACGCUCUCAGCCCAAAUAUUCACUUCUCUCUGGACGUGCAGAGUGGAGCGGAUGGGAACAAGUACCCAGAACUGGUGCUGGAGCACGCCCUGGACCGCGAGGAAAAGGCCGUCCACCACCUGGUCCUCACGGCCUCCGACGGCGGCGACCCGGUGCGCAGCGGCACCGCGCGGAUCCGCGUUGUGGUGGUUGAUGUGAACGACAACGCACCGGCCUUUGCGCAGCCCGAGUACCGCGCGAGCGUCCGGGAGAACGUAGCCCCGGGCUCUCAGCUGCUCCGGGUAAACGCCACCGACCCAGACGAAGGCGCCAACGCGGAAGUGACGUAUUCCUUCCGGUACGUGGACGACCAAGCCGCCCAAGUUUUCAAACUAGACCAGAAGUUGGGAACAAUUUUAACAAUAGGAGAGCUCAACCACGAGGAAUCCGAAUUCUACGAGAUGGAAGUACAAGCAAUGGAUAAUGCGGGAUAUUCCGCUCGAGCCAAAGUCCUUAUCACAGUUCUGGACGUGAAUGACAAUGCCCCUGAAGUCGUUGUCACUUCUGUCACCAGCUCUGUUCUAGAAAAUUCUCCCAGAGGGGCUUUAAUUGCUCUUUUAAAUAUACAUGAUCAAGACUCUGGGGAAAACGGGCAGGUGACUUGUUUCAUCCAAAGAAAUCUUCCCUUUAAAUUAGAAAAGUCUUAUGGAAAUUACUAUAGUUUAGUGACUGACACAGUUUUAGACCGGGAACAGGUUCCUAGCUACAACAUCACGGUGACUGCCACUGAUCGGGGAAGUCCACCCUUGUCCACGGAAAUUCACAUUUUGUUAAACGUGGCAGACACCAACGACAACCCGCCUACCUUCCCUCAAGCCUCCUACUUGGCGUAUAUCCCUGAAAACAACCCCAGAGGCACUUCGGUCUUCUCGGUGACAGCCCAAGACCCGGACUCCGGCGAAAACGCCCAGGUCACGUACUCCCUGGCCGACAGCACCCUCCAGGGGGCGCCACUGUCCUCCUUUGUCUCCAUCAACUCUGACACUGGUGUCCUGUAUGCGCUGCGCUCCUUCGAUUUCGAGCAAUUUCGCGACCUGCAGCUCUGGGUGAUUGCACGAGACAGCGGAGAGCCACCGCUCAGGAGCAAUGUGUCCUUGAGCCUCUUCGUGGUGGACCAGAAUGAUAACGCCCCCGAGAUUCUGUACCCCACCUUCCCUACCGAUGGCUCCACAGGCAUGGAACUCGCACCUCGCUCCGCAGAGCCUGGCUACCUGGUGACCAAGGUGGUGGCGGUGGACAGAGACUCGGGUCAGAACGCCUGGCUGUCCUACCGCCUGCUCAAGGCCAGUGAGCCAGGGCUGUUCGCGGUGGGGGUGCACACGGGCGAGGUGCGCACUGCGCGGGCCCUGCAGGACAGAGACGCACUCAAGCAGAGCCUGGUGGUGGCUGUCCAGGACCACGGCCAGCCCCCUCUCUCGGCCACUGUCACGCUCACCGUGGCCGUGGCCGACAGCAUCCCCGAUGUGCUCGCUGACCUGGGCAGCCUGGAGUCUCCCACCAACCAAGAUGAUGCUGAUCUCACGCUGUAUCUGGUGGUGGCCGUGGCCGCUGUCUCCUGCGUCUUCCUCGCCUUUGUCAUCGUGCUGAUGGCGCUCAGGCUGAGGCGCUGGCACACAUCGCGCCUGCUCCAGGCGUCAGGGGUAGGAUUGGCGGAUGUGCCCGCCUCGCACUUUGUGGGCGUGAACGGGAUGCGGACCUUCCUACAGACCUAUUCGCAUGAGGUCUCCCUCACCGCGGACUCGCGCAAGAGCCACCUGAUCUUCCCGCAGCCCAACUAUGCGGACACGCUCAUCAGCCACGACAGCUGUGAGAAAAGCGAGCCUCUUUUGCCAUCAGGUGAUGCAGUAUUUUCUAAAGACAAUAAUGUUUUAAUUCAGGUAAGUCCAUCCAAGCAAGAUCUUUUACUAGAGAGAAGUUGUAUGUUGUGGAAUUUAUAA